AUGGGAACAGGCGCUCGUUAAGCCAGUCAAAUGCACAGUUUCCCCGGAGGAUGCUCGCAGGUCAUCAGCGUGCUGCGCUCAACUUUCAUCGGCGCAGUGAGUGAGAGCGCUCCGUCUGCGGCGAACAGCCGCGGUUUCAAAGCGCUACUGAUGUUCCUGCCCUACACUGGCACUUUAUUUCUCACGGUGACAAAAAAAAAAUUAAAUAAUUUAAUAAAUGGGGGAGAGAAGAGAGGCAGCAGCGCUCCGACGUCACGUUCAGCCGAGAGACCGCUAGAUGGAGCAGUUAAAUAUGGCUCCAAGACAACAGGCAGUCAAUUAGUGAGCCCGAUGGAUGUUUCACAGUCCAAGGAGAUAGCAUGCUUCAUACUUCACUGCAUUUACCUGACAGCUCAUUUGGAGCCCUGCUGUGGAAAUGGCCCUUGUGGCUUGCUACGGAUCAGGCGGAACAGAAGUGCUCUCCUCCUCCUCCUCCUGGGUUUUUACGCUGAAAAGGGAGCAAAGUCAGAUUCGCCAAGGGGCGAGGGUAAAGAGGGACAAGCCGGCAGGGACACGCAGAAACAAGGAGUGACUGCACUGUACCCCCACCUGCCCAUUAGCAGCACGGUUGAGCGGACGACUGGAGGAGAGUGCAGGUAGAAAAGUUUGUUUGGACAGGAGCUGCAUGCCCUCUGCCACAAACAAACUGCAUCCUUAAUACUAUGGAGUAGUUUGUGCAGAGUUGUCUUCGCACUCCUGCCAGUCUCUAUGUGGCUGUGUCCUGCUAAUGGACUCCCUCAUUUUUUCUAUAUUUCAGCUGUUGAAUGUUUUACACGUACAGUCUGUGGAAGCAAAUUCAGUGUUUGGGGGAAUAAAAAUAAAGAAUAAAAGUUGAUCUCUG